CGACGUAUCAAUCAGCUAAAUUAUAACGAAAUAUGGCUGCCAUGCAGACGACAACAACAGCAACCAGUUCUCUUAUUCUUUCAAUCAUUCUUAUUAUCACACUAACCUCACUAAACAUCGAAGCGAAGGAACUCGAUAAUGAUUGCGAAAUGAAAAUCCCUCCCAAUGUCAGUGAGAUUUUAUCUCGUUUAGUAAAAUUGGGAAAAAAGGUUUUCCAUUUUGAAGUCCAUUUAUCAAACAAGACACUUGAUGACCUUCUUAAUCCUGUGCCAUUGGAUUAUUUUGCAAACGCGAGACACUUUACCUGGAUUCCAGAUGAACCAGACGGUUUAAUAGCAUAUAAAAAUUUCUACUAUGAUUUCUCAAGUUACUCUUUGAAUUUGUUAGAUGUUUACAUUGCUCAUCCAAGAAUUGAUAUCGAUAUAAAUUGUACAAAAGAAAAUAUUCAAAGACGCGAUAUAAUAAAUUUGAUAUUCGAAGAAUUGAAAAGAUUCAUAUUUACACAAAAAUCGAUAAUGGGAAAAUCUGGUUACAUGUGUUUUUUUAUAAAUUUGUCUCAAGACAUCAAGAAAAACAAUCCUUUCUCAUUUGAAGCUUACAGAAGACUUGGUAUGAAUCGGAAUGUGCUGAAGAAAUAUUGCUGCGAACUCCAUAAAAAUGAAAGCCAUGUUUAUCAUCCAAAAUCCAUUUGUGCUGGAAAUAUUAUUAACGUCAGUAGGUUUCUCAAUUUUGAAAAAAUCGUCGCAGCGGUUUUAUGCGCAUAUUUCCCAUUGUUUAUUAAUUUUGUAUCAAAAGCUAAAUUACCUUCAUUUUGCCGUCAAAACACAUUGCCAUACAAAUUAGAAUGGAUCAACGAAAACCAUAAUACUUACAAUUUCACUGAUAUUCUGUCCUGGUUAUUUUGCUUUCACCAUUCCACAUUCUUUGCCUCAAGACUAAGAAGAUUCUUAUUUAUUCUGUUUCCUCUUUCAAUAAUUUUCCUGGAUCUUUUGAUGCAUUACUUCUUUUUAUAUGAAACGAUAGAAAUUCUUUACCAAGAUGGUAUACCAUUGGGACAUCGCGCCUUAAUAUUAGGAAUCCCAGAAAGUUAUGAGAAUACUGAUGGCUUUUUUGGUGGUCCCUUUGCAUGGUUAAUCUGUUACGUAUCUUUCAACUUUAUCCUCUUCGUUCUUCCCAGUCGAACAAGUGAGACUAUCGCUUAUAAUACAUUACAUCAAAGAUCCACUUUCACGUUUCUCAUUCAAAAUAAGAGUUUAUUAGAGAAGUAUGGCAGUUUAAAUGUUUCUACACAACAGGAUUAUGAUCUACUCUAUGCAAUAAUAAAAGCUAAUAUUUCUACUGCUCUAAACCCAAAUUUCUGGUAUUUAAUAAUUUACACUUGGAUCAAUCGUAUCAAGAAAAUUUGGUUAUAUUACUACAGGAGAAAUAUUUUCUGGAAAUUCAUUACACUUUGGCUCUUUGUUUCCAUUACAAUUUUAUUUGCUGUAUUUUCUGUCUGUGAAUUAUUUCUGUGCCUCAUGUAUUACGGAAUCCCAUUUGUUUAUUUGAUUUUAACUUUACCAUUAAGUUAUUCUAGAGUUUAUAUUUUCCCACUCAAUGAGAAUCCAAAUUAUAUUUUUAAGAUUGUUGCUGUACUUCUAACUUUUCUAUCCUUACCGUUUUGUAUAUUAUGGGAAUAUUCUUCAAUGUACAUUUUUGUUAUAACUUUGAAAGUUCUAUGUUCCUAUAUAUUUACAAUAGCUAUCGCAGUACUGGCUAAACCUGAUAAUGUCGGUGACCUAUGGUUUGCUGCCAUGUUUUUUGUGUAUGGCGUUACAAUUGCGAACGCCAUCAUGAAGUAG